AUGAGUGAAGAUGUUAAUGGAGUCAUUCAUCUUGAAAUUAGAGAUGUGAAGGUUAAGGACAAAAUUUUUAAGGUUUCCGUUAGUAAAGCUCAUGCUGUAUGUUCAUGUAAGAAAUUUGUUAUGUGUGGAAUAGUAUGUAGGCAUGCAUUCUGUGGCUUGAAGCAAAUAGGCGUUACAAAAUUUCCUAGAAGCCUCGUGCUUAACAGAUGGAUGAAAAUCGCUGAGUGUGGCAGUGGAUCAGAUGUUGAUCUGGUAUCUAAUGACUAUUUCAAGAUGGAGAGAGUGUCUUUAAAGUUGUCAAACAUAUGGUUUGAUUUUCGUCAAACGGUUAACAAUGCUGGUAUUGAUUUAGAGAAACUUGAAUAUGUGCACAAAGCUAUAAAGGAAAUAAAUGCUGAGCUUGAAAAAUAUGGGAGUGAUGCUGCUGAGUUUAGUAAGAAAGAUCAUAUUGCAUCUAUUCUUGGUGAACAGCCAGUUGGAGAACUUAAUAUUCUUGUACCAAACAUUUCAAAGAACAAAGGUAAUCAUUUCAAGAGGUUGAUCAGUGACCGGGAGAAAGCAUUGAAUAAAUCGAAGAAAAGGAUUAGAAGAUGCAAAGAAUGCUCUGCGACGACUCAUGAUUCUAGAACUUGUCCAAAGAAAAAAGGAGGAAUAGAAACAAAUGUGUGUUAA